AUGUUAAAGGUCCUUUUAAUCCUUUCCCUUUGCAAUUGUUGCACUAUUCAAUUAUCUUCCUUCAUUGCACGUGAUGAUGUUAAGGACCACGUAAAAUUGAACAUUGUAACGACAGGUAGUGAACAGAACAACAUGGAUCUGAAGUCACUGUUUGUUUUACUGCUUGUUUUGUCAUUCAGUGAAUUUGGGUUAUGUGUUACCGAUGUUAUGAAUCAAUCGACAUGCAACCAGUGCAUUCAAAUUCAAAAGGGCAAAGACGUAACGGUAGUCUGUAACGGAACCAGCUGCAGUUAUCCAAAUCUUCCUACAAACAUUACGGACUUUAUCUGCGUUGGGAACAAAAACUUGAGUACUGAUUUGAGUUUUCUAUGUUAUAAAAAUUUUACGAGACUUCGUCGCAUAAAUUUGUCAAAGAACAAUUUGAAAAUGAUACCACGAGAAUGUUUUCGGACUUUUCCCAACCUCCAGACGUUAAUCCUAUCCGAAAAUAGGUAUCUUGGAUUACAAAAUUUUUACAAUGCUUGCGCGGGUUUAAAUGAAACAAAUAUAACAAUUAUAAUAGCAAACAAUAUAAAUCAAGUUGACAUUUUAUAUCCUUUAAAUCGUACUUUGUCAGAUUUUCUUUCCAACACUUCUUUGAAAGAAUUCCAUUUCGAAUACAACGAAAUCAGCGUUUUGGAGGAGAAUUUUCUAAAGAGAUUUCCCCAUACCGUUGAGAUCGUUUCCGUUAGAGGCAAUCGAUUACGUCUUGAUUCAAGACUUGCAGGACUUAAAAGUAUGUCUUCUCUGAAAUCUUUAGAUAUAAGUUUCCAAUGUACAACGAUGCAAUCUUUACGAAGAAAUGAGGAAACCGGAAUGCAACAAAAAAUGAACUGUUCCACGUCUACCAACACGGAGGACCAUAUCUUAAAAAUUCUCCCUCCCAGUCUCGAGAAAUUACUUUCAAGGGAAACUGGAUCUGGAUCCUAUUGCCUUCCGAAACUUAGUUUUAAUAAAACAAACCUAAGGUAUUUGGAUAUUUCCGGAGCUUCUUAUUUUUCAUGGGAGGGCCCAAUCGACUUUAGCGAUAAUUCUAACUAUUUGGAGACUCUUAUUCUUUCGAAUAAUAAAUGCAGUAGAAUCUCUAGCAAAUUCUUUUCAAAACUCAACAAGCUCAAAGUAUUGGAUAUCAGCUAUAACGUGCUGGGUGUAUUUUUUCCCAAAGUGGAAGGUGGUGCUGUUUUUGAAGGACUUACAUCAUUGAAAACGUUGGAUAUGAGUGGAAAUUUCAUAAACCACAUUCCCCCAGAUCUUCUGAAGCACCAAUCCAAUCUGGAAGAACUCAUACUUAGUCUAAAUGAUCUUGAAGUAUGGACACUCGAUAUUAAACAUAUGUCAAAGCUUAAAUUCAUCAACUGUUCGUAUAACAGACUCGUAUCCCUUCCCGAAUCUCUGCAAUCAAACCUUGAUGCAAUCGCUGAGGAUCACGGCAUAAGUAUUGCUAUAAACAACAACAAAGUACUUUGUAACUGUGAGAACUUACAAUUUAUAUCCUGGAUGAUUAAAACUGACGUGGAAUUUUCGAUGGGAUCAAAAAGAUGUACCAAAAGCGAUGGGUCUUUAAUUGACAUAUGGGAAGCAAAUGAUAUCUUAAAAACUAACUGUGGCAAAACAGAAUGGGUGUUUGCAACCGUUCCUUCCUUGUUGGUCUUUUGUUUUGCAUUUGUGUUAGGGUUUUUGUUGUAUAGGAAACGUUGGACCAUCACCUACCGUUGGUACCUAUUUCGAUUACGUCACAAAGGAUAUACUCCAAUCGCAGGUGAAAAUGACGAGCACGAAUACGACGCUUUCCUUUCGUUUGCGGAAGAAGACAAGAAUUUUGUUUAUAAAAUCGUUGGGGAACUUGAAAAUUGUCCUGACGAGAGAUAUGAACUCUGCUUUCACCAUCGCGAUUUUACACCUGGGGUAUCCAUUGAAAGAAAUAUCGUGUCCGCCAUUCAUUCGAGUCGUAAGACGAUUAUAUUCAUGUCAAAUUCAUAUGUGAAAUCCUCGUGGUGCAAUUACGAAUUGCGCAUGUCAAUGACGAAAGAAGGCCAGACAAACCGUCGAGUGAUUGUAAUGGUAAUUCUGGACAGCAUACCCAGGAAAAAACUACCCUUAGAAGUUAUGCAGUACUACAAAAAGAACUGCUAUGUCGAGAAGCCUGAUAAAGAUAACGAUCUAACAGUUUUUAUAAAGACGCUAAAAGAGUCCUUGAAAAACUGAAAUGACUUUGAGACGCCGAGUGGGUUCUCCACUUUUUUUGUUGAUCGAAGGAUACAAAAACUAUGUUGUUGAUGCUAAUAUUGCGAUACCAGUAUCUUUAUUUAACUUACAAGCAUAUUGAUAAUUAAACUACGAAAGCCAAUUUAGUUCAUUCUCGUAGGUAAAAUAAUCGCGAAUAAACGCGUUACUUUCGCAAAUAUACCCGAAAAUUUCUCAUUUAACAUAAAAAUUUCGCGAAUAAACGCGGAACUACAGCGAAUAAACGCGGAACUACAGCGAAUAAACGCACUACUUACUCGAAUAAAUGCGAAACUUUCGCAAUAAAACGCGAAAGAUCAUGAAAUAUAAAUAUUGGUAUUUCGAAUAAGUCAUUAAAAACUUAAUGGAUUUGAUGUAGCACUUACUAUUUGUAAUUUACUUAUUAUAUAAACAAGUACGGGAAAUCUUCAAACCGUUGUUACUUAUUUUAAAAAUAUAUGUUCCAGUUAUAUUUGAUACAUUUAAUA